AUGGUGAAUUUGACUGAAGUCGUUGAAGAGGACUGGGUCGAUUUAUGCGAAGAGGGUUCACUUCUGGAUCAGCCGGCCGUCCGCCUUCCGCUGAUUGUCAUCUAUUUAUCCGUAUUCUGCGUAUGUUUACUAGGAAAUAUCUUCACGAUCGUUGUCAUCGUGCUGCAUCCGACUAUGCGAACUGGAACAAACUAUUUCUUGGCGAAUCUAGCGCUGGCCGAUCUGCUGGUUGCUGCCUUCUGCAUACUCCAAAACAUGAUCCACAUCGUCGGAUUCGACCAUGGCAACUGGACACUUGGUACA